UGGGAGCAUAAAAUGGGAAUCCUAAUGCAGACUUCAUACACAACCAUAAAUGCAGGAAGUUCUCUCAAAGUCAAGCCCUUGAGAAUGAGUGGGGAUUAACCAGACAAUAAGAGCAUAAUUUUCGGCAAAGUAAAUGGAACAUGGAGAGGUCUUAAAAUGGAAAAAAUGGGUUGUAUUCAAGGAUAAAACUGAAAACCCACAUAAUACUGCAGAGGUAAGCACAUCGUUUCAAUUAUCUUGAGCACUGGGGUGGGGGAGGGCUUUAGAGGGAUUUUAAAUAAAGGUAUAAUACGAUCAGAUUUGCAUUUUAGAAAGACCAUUUGGUUACAGUGUAAGAAUGGGUUAGAAAAGGCUAAAGGAGAGGAAAAUGGACAUACAGGCUAUAGGGAUGACAGUGGCUGGACCAGUGACAUGAUGGAGAGGUUGGAGAGACAUGGGCAGAAGAUGGUAAGGAGGGAGAAUCAACAGUACUGGAUGUCUGAUGGAAAUGGGAAUGAAAGAGAAAGGACACAGCUGUGAUACCCGGUUGUAGGCAGAGAUAGAAAUAGAUUCUUUGGGGCCAUUCACAGGAGAGAGUCAUAGAGGAAAGGCAGGUAUUAUAAAGGAGUGGGAGCGAUAAUGAGUUCAGCUUUGGGUAUGUUGAGUUCAUGGUGCUCAUGAGACACUCAAAUGGAGAUGCCCAAGGACAUGAGAGCUGGAGAUAAAGAUUCAGGGGUCAUCUGUAUCUUGAUAAGAAUGAAAGCCAUAGGAGUAGAAAAGAUGCUCUCAAAAGAUUGUGCUGGACAGAACUGGGUUUGAGUACCUGUUCUGCUGCUUAGUAGCUAUGUAAUGUUAGAAAAGUUAUCUUCGCCUCUCAGGUUUCUCAUUUAUAUAUUGGAGACAAUACCUCAAAGGGCAAGGUUAUGGUUAAUGUGAUCAUGCAAGUCCAGAACGUCGCCAGAACGUCGCGAACUCUCAGUAAAUGCUAACUCUUAUCAAGGAAGUUGUUGUUGUUACCUUUAAAAAUAAAAAGAGCAAAACACAGAAGUCCAAGAUUCACAAUCACAUAUGGGGAAAACCGAGGAAGAGUAGAUUGAAAAGGAGCAGGCGGAAAGUCAGAGGAGCCUAGAGGGUGUGUCACAGCAGCCAGGAAGGAAGUGUUGGAAGAAGUAGGAAGUGGUCAAAACAGCCAAAUAGGACCAACAAGAAAGGGCUGAGAGGGGUCCCCCCUUGUUUUAGCCACAAGGAGAUCUCUGGUGUCCCCGCAAAGAGGCAUUUUAGUGAAAUAGUGAGGACAGAAACCAAGCAGCAAGGACUGAAGAGUGACUAGAGGCAAUGAGUGGAAACAAUCCUUUGUGAAACCUGGCAGAGAACAGAAGAGAGGUGGGAAGAUCUGAAGGGACUGCAUAUCAAGGAAGUUUUUAAAGAUGAAGGAAACUUAAGUGUGUCUAAAUGCAGAUAGGAAGGAGCCAGUAUAAAAGGAGGGAGAGCUAAAUGAGGUAGAGAGGGGAUGAGAACCAAAGCAGACGAAUGGACUGGCUUUCGCCACAAUGAGGAAUGAUACCUCUUCUGCCAUGACAGGAGGGAUGGAGAAAAGAAGAGUGAAAUGCAGGUAAGUUAGAGGUUUAGAUGCAGGAAGGGACUUCUGUUUUCUCCAUGACGUGGGAAGCGUGGUCAUUGACUUACUGUAAGGGAAGACAGAAUAAUCAGAAAAGAUGGAGUGUCUUUGAAAUAUCGAACAAGAGAGAACCGCUUACUAGGGAACACUUUAAUUCCCAGGCAGGAUUGAUGUUUCCCAGACCCCUCAGUAGUUCAGGUCUAGACUGAUCUGAUUUGGGACAAGAACAAAGGAGUGCUUGCAAUGAUGAACCAUGGGAUCUGAUCUGGCUAUGGAGAAGAGUUCAGGGGGAGAGCCAAUGGAUAAAGAGAAUGUAGCCUCAAGGUCCAAAAGAAGCUCAAAGAGAGGGAGUAACAUAGUUGGAAAACGUCCAGAAAUAAAAGGUUGUUAUCAGAAAGUAGGAUGAGACUUGGGGUAAAGUGGAUCAUGAGACAAAGUCUUUGGUGAAUGAGGGAGAAUGCUUGAAGCUCAGUGGUUAUGGAAAUGAAGACAGGACAGUAUGGCUAAGUGAGCCAUCUGGCUUGGGGGACGGCGUAGGGCAGGUCUACAAAACAAUGAAGGAGCAAUGACUUAGAAGUGCAUGGGAGCAAAGACACUAUCUUGAGGUGCAUGGAAAGUGAUAGAAUAACAGCCACCCCUGAAAGCCCUGCAAGCUAAGGUGGUCCUGGGGAGCCCGGGUGACUUAAGAGAAGAGCUGGAGGCUAGGGCUGGGAGAGCUGGUAAGAGGGAUGGGAGGGAAAGGACUCACACGCAGACUGUUACCUCUCUGUGGUUUUAUCCACUCUCAUAAGAGUAUAAAUUCUUCCUGAAGAAGAAUGAGAAGAUGGAAUUCCCCUUUGGGUCUCUGGAAACUACCAACUUUCGUCGGUUCACCCCGGAGUCGCUGGUGGAGAUCGAGAAGCAAAUCGCAGCAGAGCAGGCAGCAAAGAAAGCCAGAGAUAAGCACAGGGAGCAGAAGGACAAAGAAGAGAAGCCUCGGCCCCAGCUAAACUUGAAAGCCUGCAACCAGCUGCCCAGGUUCUAUGGCGAGCUCCCAAAAGAACUGGUUGGGGAGCCCCUGGAGGAUCUGGACCCGUUCUACAGCACGCACCGGACAUUUAUGGUGCUGAACAAAGGGAGGACCAUUUCCCGGUUCAGUGCCACUCGGGCACUGUGGCUCUUCAGCCCUUUCCACCUGCUCAGAAGAACGGCCAUCAAAGUGUCUGUCCACUCAUAUCCUUUGCAUGGUUGAUGGUUCAGUUUAUUUAUUACAGCCACUAUUUUUGUCAACUGUGUGUGCAUGACACAAACGGAUUUUCCAGAUAAAAUUGAGUAUGUCUUCACUGUCAUUUAUACUUUUGAAGCCUUGAUAAAAAUACUGGCAAGAGGAUUUUGUCUAAAUGAGUUCACUUACCUGAGAGAUCCUUGGAACUGGCUGGAUUUUAGUGUCAUUACCCUGGCAUACAUUGGCGAAGCAAUAGACUUACGAGGAGUCUCAGGCCUGCGGACUUUCAGAGUUCUUAGAGCUUUAAAAACAGUUUCUGUGAUCCCAGGGCUGAAGGUCAUCGCGGGGGCGCUGAUCCACUCGGUGAAGAAGCUGGCUGAUGUGACCAUCCUUACCAUCUUCUGCCUGAGUGUCUUUGCUCUGGUGGGCCUGCAGCUCUUCAAGGGCAACCUCAAGAACAAAUGCGUCAAGAACUGCACACUUCUUAAUGAGACAGCCAAUUACUCUUAUAACCACAAGUGGGAUUUCUAUUUCCAAAUCAACAAGCCGGGAACCUCUGAUCCCUUGCUGUGCGGCAACGGAACUGAUGCAGGCCGCUGUCCCUCAGGCUAUUUCUGCCUUAAGACAACCGAAAACCCAGACUUUAACUACACCAGCUUCGACACCUUUGCUUGGGCUUUCCUCUCACUGUUCCGCCUCAUGACGCAGGAUUCCUGGGAACGUCUCUACCAGCAGACCCUGAGGGCUUCUGGGAAAAUAUAUAUGGUCUUUUUCGUGCUUGUCAUCUUCCUGGGAUCUUUCUAUCUGGUCAACCUGAUCUUGGCUGUGGUCACCAUGGCAUAUGAGGAGCAGAACCAGGCCACCCUUGAUGAAAUUGAAGCCAAGGAGAAGCAGUUCCAGAAGACCCUGGAGAUGCUCCAGAAGGAACAGGAGGUACUGGCAGCCCUGGGGAUUGACACAGCCUCUCUCCAUUCCCAUAAUGGAUCACCUUUAGCCUCCAAAAAUGCCAGUGAGAAAAGGCAGAGGACAAAACCAAGAGUGUCAGAGGGCUCCACAGAUGACAACAAAUCGCUCCAAUCUGAGUCUUACAACCAGCGCAGGAUGUCCUUCCUAGGCCUCGCCUCUGGGAGACGCCGGGCUAGCCAUGGCAGUGUGUUCCAUUUCCGGGCUCCUGGUCAAGACAUCUCAUUUCCUGAUGGGGUCACAGAUGAUGGAGUCUUCCCUGGAGACCAGGAAAGCCAUCGGGGCUCUCUGCUGCUGGGCAGGGGCACUGGCCAGCAAGGUUCCCUCCCUAGGAGCCCGCUGCCUCAACCCUCCAACCCUGGCUCAGGGCAUGGAAAAGAUGGGCACCCCACGCUGCCCACUAGCGAGCUUGCCCCUGGAGCCAUGGAAGUCUCGGCACUCGAUGCAGGACAGAAGACUUUCUUGUCAACAGAAUACUUGAAUGAACCUUUCCGGGCCCAAAGGGCAAUGAGCGUUGUCAGCAUCAUGACCUCCGUCCUCGAGGAAUUGGAGGACUCUAAACAGAGAUGCCCACCCUGCUUCACCACCUUGGCUCAGAAGUAUCUGAUCUGGGAGUGCUGCUCCUCGUGGGUGAAGCUCAAGACGUGUCUCUUUGAGAUUGUGACGGACCCCUUUGCGGAGCUCACCAUCACCCUGUGCAUUGUGGUGAACACUGUCUUCAUGGCCAUGGAGCACCAUCGCAUGAGCCCCACCUUCGAUGCCAUGCUGCAGAUGGGCAACAUUGUCUUUACCAUAUUUUUUACCGCUGAAAUGGUCUUCAAGAUCAUUGCCUUUGACCCCUACUACUACUUCCAGAAGAAGUGGAAUAUCUUCGACUGCCUCAUCGUCACUGUGAGCCUGAUGGAGCUUGGCAUGUCCAAGAAGGGAAGCCUGUCCGUGCUGCGGACUUUCCGCCUGCUGCGGGUCUUCAAGCUGGCCAAGUCCUGGCCAACCUUAAACACACUCAUCAAGAUCAUUGGAAACUCAGUGGGGGCACUGGGAAACCUCACCAUCAUCCUGGCCAUCAUUGUCUUUGUCUUCGCUCUGGUUGGCAAGCAGCUCCUCGGGGACAGCUACCGCAAUAACCGGCGCAAAAUCUCCGCGCCCGGGGAAGAAUGGCCCCGCUGGCACAUGUAUGACUUUUUCCACUCCUUCCUCAUCGUCUUCCGGAUCCUCUGUGGGGAGUGGAUCGAGAACAUGUGGGCCUGCUUGGAAGUUGGGCAGAAAUCCAUAUGCCUCAUCCUUUUCUUGAUGGUGAUGGUGCUGGGGAACCUGGUGGUUCUCAACCUGUUCAUCGCCCUGCUGCUGAACUCUUUCAGUGCCGACAACCUCACAGCCCCAGAGGAUGACGGGGAGGUGAACAACCUGCAGGUAGCACUGGCACGGAUCCAGGCUUUUGGCCAUCGCACCAUGCGGGCCCUCUGCAACUUCUUCCACAGGCUCUGCCUGCUUCCCUGGCCCAAGGCGGCACCCCAGCUGGUGGUCAAACUCCCACUGUCCAGCUCCAGAGCUGAAAACCACAUUGCUGCUGAUACUGCAGUGGGGAGCUCUGGAGGGGUCCCUGCCCCCAGAGGCCCUGGGGAUGAACAUAGUGACUUCAUCACUAAUCCCAACGUGUGGGUCUCUGUGCCCAUUGCUGAGGGUGAAUCUGACCUCGAUGACUUGGAGGAUGAUGGUGAAGAGGAUGCUUGGAGCUCCAGACAGGAAGUGGUCCCCAAAAGUCAGCAGGAACAGCUGCAGCAAGUCAGGAGGAAUGAGGACCACCUGGCACCCAGGAGCCCAGAAUCUGGGAUGUCCUCUGAGGACCUGGCUCCGUACCUGGGGGAGAAGGGGGAAGACAAGGCCACUGCCCAAGACCCUGGAGAGGGAGAGGACGAUACGAGCUCCUCAGAAGGCAGCACCGUGGACUUCCCAGACCCUGAGGAGAUUCUGAGGAAAAUCCCAGAGCUGGCCGACGACCUCCAAGAGCCAGACGCCUGUUUCACAGAAGGCUGCAUGCGCCACUGUCCCUGCUGCAGAGUGGACACCGCUAAGGCUCCAUGGGGCGUGAGCUGGGAGGUGCGAAAGACCUGCUUCCGCAUCGUGGAGCACAGCUGGUUUGAAAGCUUCAUCGUCUUCAUGAUCCUGCUCAGCAGUGGGUCUCUGGCCUUUGAAGACUAUUACCUUGAGGAGAAGCCCACGGUGAAGGCCAUGCUGGAGUACGCUGACAGGGUGUUCACAUUUAUCUUUGUGUUUGAGAUGCUGCUCAAAUGGGUGGCCUACGGCUUCAAGAAGUACUUCACCAACGCCUGGUGCUGGCUGGACUUCCUCAUCGUGGACAUCUCACUGACAAGCCUCAUAGCAAAGAUCCUGCAAUAUUCUGAUAUGGCAUCUAUCAAAGCCCUUCGCACUCUCCGUGCCCUGCGGCCACUGCGGGCUCUGUCUCGAUUUGAAGGCAUGCGGGUGGUUGUGGAUGCCCUGGUGGGUGCCAUCCCGUCCAUCAUGAACGUCCUCCUCGUCUGCCUCAUCUUCUGGCUCAUCUUCAGCAUCAUGGGCGUGAACCUCUUCGCGGGGAAGUUUUGGAGAUGCAUCAACACCACCAAUGGACAUUUUCCUCUUGUGCCCUUGUCCGUUGUGAAUAACGAGUCUGAUUGUAAAUUUCAAAACUACACUGGCAACUUCUUCUGGGUCAAUGUGAAGGUCAACUUUGAUAACGUUGCAAUGGGUUACCUUGCACUUCUUCAGGUGGCAACCUUCAAAGGCUGGAUGGAUAUCAUGUAUGCAGCUGUCGAUUCCCGAGAGGUGAACAUGCAGCCCAAGUGGGAAGACAACGUGUACAUGUACUUGUACUUUGUCAUCUUCAUCAUUUUUGGUGGCUUCUUCACACUGAAUCUCUUCGUUGGGGUCAUAAUUGACAACUUCAAUCAACAGAAGAAAAAGCUAGGGGGCCAAGACAUCUUCAUGACAGAGGAGCAGAAGAAGUACUACAACGCCAUGAAGAAGCUGGGCUCCAAGAAGCCCCAGAAGCCCAUCCCACGGCCUCAGAACAAGUACCAAGGCUUCGUCUUUGACAUUGUGACCAGACAGGCUUUUGACAUCGUCAUCAUGGUCCUCAUCUGCCUCAACAUGAUCACCAUGAUGGUGGAAACUGAUGAUCAGAGUGAAGAAAAGACAAAAAUCCUCAACAAAAUCAACCAGUUCUUUGUGGCUGUCUUCACCUGCGAGUGCGUCCUGAAGAUGUUUGCCCUGAGGCAUUACUACUUCACCAAUGGCUGGAAUGUAUUUGAUUUCAUUGUCGUGCUUCUCUCCAUUGGGAGCCAGGUGUUUUCUGUAAUCAUGAAGUCACUUGACAAUUACUUCUCCCCAACACUCUUCCGCGUCAUCCGCCUGGCCCGAAUCGGCCGCAUCCUCAGACUAAUUCGAGCAGCCAAGGGGAUCCGGACGCUGCUCUUUGCCCUCAUGAUGUCCCUGCCCGCCCUGUUCAACAUCGGCCUUCUGCUCUUUCUCGUCAUGUUCAUCUACUCCAUCUUCGGCAUGUCCAGCUUUGCAUAUGUCAAAUGGGAGGCUGGCAUCGAUGACAUGUUCAACUUCCGGACCUUUGCCAACAGCAUGCUGUGCCUCUUCCAGAUCACCACGUCGGCCGGCUGGGAUGGCCUCCUCAGUCCCAUCCUCAACACAGGGCCCCCCUACUGUGACCCCAAUCUGCUCAACAGCAAUGGCUCCCGGGGGAACUGUGGGAGCCCAGCCGUGGGCAUCCUGUUCUUUACCACCUACAUCAUCAUCUCCUUCCUCAUCGUGGUCAACAUGUACAUUGCAGUAAUUCUGGAGAACUUCAAUGUCGCCACAGAGGAGAGCACCGAGCCCCUGAGCGAGGAUGACUUUGACAUGUUCUAUGAGACCUGGGAGAAGUUUGACCCAGAGGCCACCCAGUUCAUUACCUUUUCUGCCCUCUCAGACUUUGCAGACACCCUUUCUGGCCCCCUGAGAAUCCCGAAGCCCAAUCGGAAUAUAUUAAUCCAGAUGGACCUGCCCUUAGUCCCUGGAGAUAAGAUCCACUGUUUGGAUAUCCUUUUUGCCUUCACCAAGAAUGUGUUGGGAGAAUCUGGGGAAUUGGAUUCUCUGAAGGCAAAUAUGGAAGAGAAAUUUAUGGCAACUAAUCUUUCAAAGGCAUCUUAUGAGCCAAUAGCAACCACCCUGCGGUGGAAGCAAGAAGACAUGUCAGCCACUGUCAUCCAGAAGGCUUAUCGGAAACAUAUGCUUCAACGCUCCAUGACCAUCCUAAACUCCACAGGUGUGCCAAGGGCUGAGGGGGAGACCGUGUCACCCACACAUGAGGGCUUUGUUGCAUUCACAGCGAAUGACAAUUGUGUGCUCCCAGACAAAUCUGAAACAGCAUCUGUCACAUCUUUCCCACCAUCUUAUGACAGCGUCACUAGAGGCCUCAGUGAUAGAGCCCACCUGAGCACAUCGAGCUCAAUGCAGAAUGAAGAUGAAGCGACCAGGAAGGAAGCAGGGCCACAGUGACGACAUUUCAGCAUGGAUAUAUCUAAUGGUGUAUACUUCCGAUCUGUGACAAUUCUUUCUCACUACAGAUGGCACCCAACUACCACCUCACUAAUGCAUGUCACUGGUCACACUGUCAGAACAAGCAGGGGACAGCAGUUGGUGCCCAUCUUUGGAGAAGCCCCCAUACACCAACAGGGGACAUAAUCAACAGCAUCUCCACUGUGACUUUGCUUAUGAAUUUCAGUAUCAGAUAGAGGGUUCCCUUACUUUCCAGAACACUUCCCUUGUCCUUUUA